UGAUUGGCUGUCGUUGGAGGGAGUGCGCCUCUGGUCACCACUUGUACUCAAUUACCAAUCAAAUCGUUGUUACGCGCGCUUGGCAACUCGAGCAUCGUCUGUCAGACGAGACGAAAACAUUUUUGCCGACAAAGAAACUAGAAUGAACGGUAUGGUUUGGGGACUCUUUCGUCACCUGCCGCAUUUCAUGGAGCCUGACAGCAAAAGUUUCCAGCCCUGGAGAGACUACAUAGGGCUGUCGGACACAAUCAAAGAGAUCCUAGGCCGGACCACCGCCACUGUGUCCCCACUGCCAGUCUCCAAAGAUCCGAACUCAGUUUCUGAUGGGCUGUGCAACACACCGUCUGUGCGCAAUAACGCAGCUUCCCAAAGUGGCUACUUCGUGCCAGAUCUUUUCGACGAACAUACAUUUCCAAGUUCUUUGGCCCGUCCACCUGAUAGUUUGCAGUACACUCCAGACUCCUUACCUGCUGACACGCCAGACAUGGUGGAUUUGAAGCUGGUGCCAAGACCGACAAAGUCCCGGGGGCCAAAAGAGCGCAAGAAAAGCACUCGUUUCAAAGCACCGGAUGCGCCAGCGUUAACUCCAUCAUCUGAGCGCAUGUUCUGCAGUUUCUGCAAGCACAACGGAGAGUCUGAGUCGGUGUACGGAUCCCACUGGUUAAAGAGCCAGGCAGGAGAAGUGUUGUGUCCCUAUCUGCGGCAGUAUGUGUGUCCUCUGUGCGGAGCUACGGGGGCCAGAGCUCACACCAAGCGCUUCUGUCCAAGGGUGGACAGCGCGUACAGCUCCGUGUACGCCAAGUCCAGACGCUGAACCGACAGGUGGCAGGUAGCAAAGAGACACUGAAGGCUGAAUCAUCCUUUAAUUAGUGUGAUUUUUGUUCAUUAGCACGCGUGUGUGAUUUUACUUUUUUGUGUUUGUUUUCCAUUUGCAUGCUUUGGCACGUUUGUUUUACAGCCUUCUGUACUGCUGAUUGGAGUUGUUUUCCAGCUGCUCUUGCCUCCUCUAAGAGUGUCUGUUUGGUGUUUGGAUUGUGUAGAGUACUUUAGAACGACUUCCAAAUAUUUCUAGAACGACUUCCAGAUAUUAUGUUUAUAUUAUGGGAGAAGAGGGAAAAA